UCGAAAAAGCUUCGGCAGAGUGGGGAGUGGAGAGGGAGAGAGCACGCCCCACCGCCGAGCCGCCGUCUCCCCUUGGCUCCUCCGCCUCACCCGAGCGGAGGACCUAAACCCUAAUGAGCACCCCCGGCCCGGCCUCCCCAGCGCAAAUGCGCGCUCCGCCGGCCCUGCCGCUCCCGGCCGCGGUGGAUCAGCACGCCGGCGAGGCGGCCGCGCUGCGGGUGCUGCGGCUGAUCGGGGAGUCGCGGAAGCCCGUCCGGAACUUCUCCGGCUAUAUCAUGUGGGUGGCGAGGAACGCGCCGGAUGCCCCUAGCGCUAGCGCCGAGAGCGCCGUCUACGCCUUCGGCCCCUCCAGCGGAGAUGACUCUGUACUGGGACCAAUGCACGAUGAUGAUGUUCAAAUGGACGAUAACGCUCCAGGCAGUGAAUUGGCUUUCAAUCUAUCAAACCAUGCCAUGAUCGAGGUCCAAAGCCCUGCCCGUCAGAGGCCUCACGGUUUACAUAGCAACAGCAACGGGAGCCCUGUUGGGGCAGUUGCUUGCUUGUUGCCGAACCCAGUUGCAAUGGAGGUUGAUAAACCUGACUGCGAUGUCCCAGAAAUGUUACCCGUGAUGCCAAACCAAGGAGGAAUGGAAGAGUUUGUCGAGCAUCCGUCUUUCAGGAUGCAAGACCAGGUACAACCGUUGCAGGUUGACAGUCCUACCCCGCCAUUGGCCCAUGCGGUGCCAGACCAUGCUAUGGUGCAAGUUGGGAGCCCUGGCCUCGGCAUGGUGUCUGGGUUGCAGCAUCAGGUGGGGUUUGAUAGCCCGGUCCGGCAGAUCAUUCCUACGUCUCCAAGGAUGGUUUCCACCCCAAGUCCAGUGCGCGAGAUCACAAGGCGUGUGCAUCAAAUGGGGUGCCCAUCAGGAACUGUGGGGGUCCAAGCAUCACCAACCAUGGAGUGCAUGAUGCCAGCAGACCCUCUUGUUACUGCAAAUGCAUCAAGGGCAACCGCGAGCCGUCAGUUGUUAGCGCUGGGAGAGCUAGAGUUUGUUCAGAUUUUCAUGAUAUAUGUCUAUCUUGCAGGUAAGAAGAUGGAAGAUGUGGGUGUACUACAUGAGGACUAUAUUAGGUCCUUGAAUUCACUGCCCAUGGAUCGUUUUGAGUUGGAAAUAUGGAACAAAUUUGGUCACAAGUUUCUAGCAGAGUGUGACAGGAGACAGAAUCUUGAUUGGGACCCAAGCAAGACAAGAGUGUACCAUUGCCAUAUCGAGCAAAGAGGCGAUUCCAUAGUUACGGUUUUCAAGGGGCCAUAUAUAGAGAACACAAGGACUAGUCUACAGAAAGUUGUUGGGGACGACAAUGUUCUUGUUGUGAACUUUUCAGAUAUAUCUAGGCACACCAAUGCUGGUGAUAACUUCGAAACCGGCUGUCACUUUUACCAUCACGUUUUUGAAGAUGGCAUCAUCUUGGGUUUGCGUCGCUAUCGCUUUUUGAUUCACAAAGAUGGAGGGAGGGAGAGGAGAAUAAAAGCGGAAAAAAAUAAAGAGAGAAACAAGAAAUGCACUUCUUCUGUUAGGUGCUACUUUGUUCGCACCGAGUGUGACUGGGACAAGGGUGUGCCUUAUAUCCUCUCCAACAGAACAAUUGGUGAUGCCCGCAAGCUUUUUAUGCACGUACACACUGUCCCCAGUGUGGCAAAAUAUGUGGCCAGGUUUGGUUUGGUAUUGUCCAAAACUAUUACACUACUCGAUGGUGAAGACCUAUCAAAAAUUGACGUUGUAAUUGUUGAUGAUGUACCUUGCAAGGAUAAAUACGGAAACAUUGUUCUCAAGCAUAGGGAGGCUUUGAUCCACACUGACGGGACUGGCCUAAUAUCAGAAGAUUUAGCUAAGAAAUGCCCUACAUAUGUAUUUAAGGGGAACCUUUUGAGGAUACAUGAUGAUAGUGUGGAUUCAAAGGAGGAUCAAUUUGACAUCGAUGAUCAUCCUCUUCUUAUGCAGGUCCGUAUGUUCUAUAAUGGACUUGCUGUAAAGGGAACCCUUCUUGUUAUUAGAAAGCUUCCUGAAAGGACUAUCCAUGUACGACCAUCAAUGAUAAAAGUAAACUCAGAUCCUAGUUUAUCAGGUGGGCACUCCUUCAACUCACUGGAAAUUGUUUCAACGAGCAACCGACCCAAAAGGGCAUUGACAUCAAGGUUUUUAAUCACGCUGCUUCAAUAUGGAGGGGUUCCAGCGGAUUGUUUUAUGGAGCUCCUAGGGAAGGCACUAAAAGAUGUUGAGAAAGCUCGCCAUAAAACUAGAGAUUCCCUUGAAGUUGCAUUUAACCACGGUGACAUGGAUGAUUUAAUGUCUGCACGGAUGAUCCUUUCUGGAAUUCGACCAGAAGAUGAGGCAUACUUACAGUACCAGCUUACUACAAUGACCAAAGAGGAAAGAGAAGGAUUCAAACAAGGCAGGAUCCCUGUCAAUCAGUGUUAUUAUCUGAUGGGCACAACAGAUCCUACAGGGACACUAAAGCCCCAUGAAGUCUGUGUGAUACAUUGUUUUUAAGGCGUCCCGCCUUGGACGCUUAGGCGACGCUUAGGCGAUAAGGCGCCCCCCCCCAGCGCCUUACAAAUAUGCCCGCCUUAGGCGCUUAGGCGUCCGCCUUAGGCGCUUAGGUGUCGCCUAGGCGAUAAGGCGCCCCCCCAGCGCCUUAGGUCGCCUUACCGCCUUAAAAACUAUGGUGUGAUAUUGGACCAUGGCCCCAUUUCUGGAGAGGUUCUUGUCUACAGACAUCCUGGGCUGCAUUUUGGUGAUAUACAUGUCUUGACAGCUACAUAUAGUGAGGCUAUACAGGAUUUCGUGGG